AUGAAAACAGAUAUGGAAAGAACAGCAAUAGCAAUGAAAACCUUUGAAUGCAACCUGCCUCCAAAAUCACCAAUCUUAAAAGAUAGAGAUGCAUCUUUCUCAUCAUAUCUCAACCCCCAAAAGCCAAACACUCGCCAACCAAAUAAUCAUAAUCAUAAUCAUCACCGCACACUCGAGGAUCCCACAUCUGAGCUCAGCAUAUUCGAUGCCCACAAAUAUUUCAACGAAUUGACCAACAAUGAGAACAUCCAAAAAGUUUCAAUCAGCAGCAACAACAUCAACAACAAUAGCAGAGUUUCACCUGUGAUGGUUAAUGUAAACAAUGAAACAUUAACAGAGAACAUUGUUAUACCAGAUAACACAAGAUACUCCUCUGCUUCUUCCACGGUAGAUAGUUAUUCAAACAUCAGAAACUAUAGAGCUCGAUCCUUCCAUACUGCAACACCUACAGCUUCAUCAGAAGCUAGUUGGAAUAGUCAACAAGGCUUGUUAUCUCACCCAGCAGGUGCUAUCUCAGUUAACAUAAAAAACCCUUCGAGUCCCAACCCUAACAACAACAACAACACGUUUAGAACAUCACUUUCCAAACCCAUUUGGCUUUUAAGGAGAAAAUGUCCUUGCACAGGUAAAAAAUCAGUUCAAGUCAGAGAAAAAAAGUCAACAGAAUUACCCAAAAAUACUAUCAAAAUCCCUUCACCGGUUUCCCCGUCACCGUCACCACCACCACCGCCACCGAUGAACAACUGGAUUAACAACAACGUGGAUCAAACACCGACUCUUGUAACUAAAUCUCAAAGAUUCCAACCAGUGGUAACAACCGUAAGAGUACCUUAUACAGAAGGAUUUACAUUCCCGGUGUUAAACCCUAAUUCAAGCUCAACAACAGCAAAACUCAAAAACGGCGUCGUUUCGGAUGAUCCACCUCGAGAAUCACUAGAGGUUUUCCGACCACCGGACGAACUAAACGUGGAUAUGAAAUCCCUAAAUUUCCCCUUCCCGCCUCCAAUGUCGCGAAUCAUCAUCGACGACGGCGACGCGGCGAGUGAUGCGAGCUCCGACUUGUUCGAGAUCGAGAGUUUCUCUACCGCAACACAGUCCUCGUACGCCGCUUCUGCUUACCGUCGAAACAGUAGAGACUCCUUUGACGAAGGAUCGGUGACAACAGCAAUGACGGAGUGUUACGAGCCGAGCGAGGGGAGUAUUGAGUGGAGCGUGACGACCGCAGAUGGAUAUGAUGAAAGUAGCUGCAGCGUUGGCGGUGGCGGUGGCAAUGGAGGUAGUAGUAGUGGCGGCGGCGUGCCGGCAGAGCAUUGGAAGAGAAAAGGAGGGAACGGUGGUUUGUUAGUGAGCUGUCGAUGCGAGAAAGCGGUUAGUGUGGGGCCACAGCCGGUGAAAUGUGAGGGACAAAGAGGGGCCACGUCAGCAUGGAAAAACGUGGGUGGUGGUGUAAAUAGUAGAGCAGGGGGUGUAAGUAAACCACCACUUGCUAGAUCCUCUUUAUCUCACAGAAACAACAACACCAACACACCUCGUGUCACUUCUUUUUCUUUUGCGACAUAA